AUGCACAUCAAGUCUAUAAUCAUUGAGGGGUUCAAGUCGUACGCGCAGCGGACAGAAAUCAACGGCUUUGAUCCGCUGUUCAACGCCAUCACCGGACUGAACGGCAGCGGCAAGUCCAACAUUUUGGACUCGAUAUGUUUUCUUCUGGGCAUUUCCAACCUCACUCAGGUGCGAGCCUCCAACCUCCAGGACUUGGUCUACAAAAAUGGACAGGCAGGAAUCACCAAGGCCACCGUGUCCAUCACCUUCGACAACUCCAACAAAAGCCAGAGCCCUCUUGGGUUUGAGACCCACGAUGAGAUCACCAUCACCAGACAGGUGGUGAUCGGUGGCAGGAACAAGUACCUGAUCAAUGGAGUCAAUGCCAACAACACCAGGGUGCAGGACCUGUUCUGCUCUGUUGGCCUCAACGUCAACAACCCACAUUUCCUCAUCAUGCAGGGGAGGAUCACCAAGGUUUUAAACAUGAAGCCACCAGAGAUUCUCGCCAUGAUUGAGGAGGCAGCAGGCACCAGGAUGUAUGAGUGUAAAAAAAUCAGCGCUCAGAAAACCAUUGAGAAGAAGGAGGCCAAGCUGAAGGAGAUUCAGACUAUUUUGGAUGAGGAAAUUACUCCCACCAUGCAGAAGCUGAAGGAGGAACGGUCAUCAUACUUGGAGUACCAGAAGCUUAUGCGUGAAAUCCAGCAUCUGUCGCGGCUGUACGUGGCCUGGCUGUUUGUGUGCGCAGAGGAGACCAAGCUGAAAUCGGCAGAGGAUCUGAAAGUCAUGCAGGAUAACAUCACGCAGAUGCAAGCCUGCAUGGCCGAGAAUGAGAGCAAAGUCCAGGAGCUCACAGCCCAGAUUCAGGAGCUGCAGAAGAAAAGGGACCAGGAGGUGUGUGGAGUACUGAAGUCCCUGGAAGAGGCACUGUCUGAGGUGCAACGUGUGGAUGCCAAGGCCCAGAGUGCUCUGGACAUGAAAAAACAGAAUCUCAAAGAUGAAACCAAGAAGAGGAAGGAGCUCGUCAAGAGUAUGGAGGAGGACAAGAAAAUGCUUGUGGUAAAAGAAAAAGAGGUUUCCAAGCUGAUGGAGCAGCUGCAGGCUGUGCAGGAGGACGGCCAGAAAGAGAGCUCCGCCCUGGAAGCAGCUGAGCAGCAUUUCAGGGCUGUGUCGGCGGGCCUCUCGACCAAUGAGGACGGGGAGGAGGCCACACUGGCUGGACAAAUGAUGGCCUGCAAGAAUGACAUGAGCAAGGCCGAUACUGAGGCCAAGCAGGCUCAGAUGACCCUGAAACAUGCCCAGGCUGAGCUGAAGACCAAGCAGGCAGAGGUAAAGAAGAUGGACAGUGGCUACAAGAAGGACCAGGAUGCCUUCCAGGCUGUCCGCAGCUCCAGGGAGAAACUCCAGGCCGAGCUAGCCAAACUCAACUAUGAAGAUGGCAAGGAAGAGAGUUUGUUGGACAAGAGGAGGCAGCUGUCCAGAGAGGUGUCUCAACUUAAAGAGACCUACGAGAGCCUCAUGUCUCGCUUCCCCAACUUGCGAUUUGACUACAAGGACCCGGAGCGGGGAUGGGAUCGCAGCAGAGUGAAGGGGCUGCUAGCCAACCUGAUCACAGUCAACGACGUCUCCUACGCCACAGGACUGGAGGUGGUGGCCGGAGGACGACUCUACAACAUAGUAGUCGACACAGAGGUGACUGGUAAGAAGCUGCUGGAGAAGGGAGAGCUGAAGCGAAGGUACACCAUCAUUCCUCUGAACAAGAUCUCUGCCAGGACACUCAAUCAGAAUGUGGUUGCCACUGCUAAGAGCCUGGUUGGAGAGAACAACGUGCACACAGCUUUGUCCCUGGUGGGUUACGAGGCUGACCUUCGUAAGGCCAUGGAGUAUGUGUUUGGCUCCACACUGGUGUGCGACACCCUGGACAAUGCCAAGAAAGUGGCGUUUGAUAAACGAGUGAUGACCAAGACAGUCACCCUGGGAGGGGACAUCUUUGACCCACAGGGAACUCUGAGUGGAGGAGCUCGCUCUCAGUCAGCGUCAGUGUUGUCCAGUCUGCAGGAGCUGAGGGAGGUCAGGGACAAUUUGAACAACAAGGAGGCACAGCUUCAGGAGACUGAACGACAACUGGCCAGUCUGAAGGGAACUGCUGAGAAGUAUCGUCAGCUGAAGCAGCAGUAUGAGCUGAAGGUAGAGGAGGAACAGAUUCUGCAGACUAAACUUCAGCAGAGCUCUUUCCAUCAACAGCAAGAGGAGCUGGAGAGGCUGCGCAAGGCCAUCGAGGAGAGUGAGGAGACUUUGCGCAACACUAAGGAUGUACAGAAGCGUGCUGAGGAAAAGUACAAGGUGUUGGAAAACAAGAUGAAGAACGCUGAGGCGGAGAGGGAGAAGGAGCUGAAGGCUGCACAACAGAAACUCAAUGCUGCCAAAGCCAAAGCUGAUGCCUUCAAUAAGAAGCUCAAGGAGAAGCAGCAGGAGUCUGACGCAGUGGCCCUGGAGCUGGAGGAGCUGCGGAGGGAGCAGGCCACUUACGAGCAGCAGAUCCAGGCUGUGGAUGAGGCCAUGAAGUCAAUCCAGGAGCAAAUAGACAGUAUGGCCUGCACUGUGUCCCAGAACAAGGAAGCAGUGCGUAAAGCCCAGGAGGAGUUGGCUAAACAGAAGGAAGUGAUCAUGGCACAGGACAAAGAGCUCAAGGGGAAGAGCAUGGAGGCCAAUAAAAUAAGGGAGCAGACCAACGAGGCCCAGCUGAAGAUCAAGGAGCUAGAGCACAACAUUAGCAAGCACCGCAAAGACAGCCAGGAUGCUGCUGCCAAGGUGUCUCGCAUGCUGGAAGAACAUGACUGGAUCCAGUUGGAGCGACACUUGUUCGGACAGCCCAACACCGCUUACGACUUCAAGGCCAACAGCCCCCGCGAGGCCGGCCAGAGGCUGAAGAAGCUGGAGGAGACGACCACCAAGCUGGAGAGGAACGUCAAUAAGAGGGCCAUGAACAUGCUGAACGAGGCCGAGGAGAGGUACAACGACCUGAUGAAGAAGAAGAGGAUUGUGGAAAACGACAAGUCAAAAAUCCUACAGACCAUCGAGGAGCUGGACCAGAAGAAGAAUGAGGCUCUCAACAUGGCUUGGCAGAAGGUAAACAAGGACUUUGGCUCCAUUUUCUCCACCCUGCUGCCAGGAGCAAAUGCUCGGCUGGCCCCUCCUCAGGGCUGUGGAGUCCUGGAGGGCCUGGAGUUCAAGGUGGCCCUGGGGAACACCUGGAAGGAAAACCUCACUGAGCUCAGUGGAGGGCAAAGAUCCCUGGUGGCCCUGUCUCUGAUUCUAGCCAUGCUGCUGUUUAAGCCUGCGCCAAUUUACAUCCUCGACGAGGUGGAUGCCGCCCUCGAUCUCUCCCACACACAGAACAUCGGCCAGAUGUUGCGCACACAUUUUAGACACUCCCAGUUUGUGGUGGUGUCCCUAAAGGAUGGCAUGUUCACCAACGCCAACGUCCUGUUCAAGACAAAGUUCGUCGACGGCAUGUCCACAGUGACGCGGUCGGCCCUUAGCCAGAGUGACGCCAACUUCCCUCAGAAAAACCAGGACAAGGCCCGUUCAAAAGACAAGAGGAACAAGCAGAUCAUGAGCUAACAAGUGCACAGAUCAGCUGAAACUGAUUGUCACAUUUUGAAUUUGCUCUGGUUUUACUUCUCCAAGCACCAUGUCAUAUUGUGUAACAUACCAUAGUAUCAAAUAUUGUGGUAUCUGAUGAUUAUAAAACUGUGUAUAACUCUCUAUUUCCUCUUUGGAUUGUAAUUGAUCAACGUAUUCUUGUCGGUUUUUAUGUUUGUUUAAAUGUGUGUCUUUGAGUCUUGCCAAUCACUUCACAGUGGCGCACUGUUCACCUGUAAGAGUUUGUGCAAGAAAAUCUGUUCUUUGUCUGAUGCUCUUUAAAUCUUGUCAAAAAAAAGUGGAUGUGAUGUGGGUUCACAUCUUGGUAUGUUUGAACUUUUUUAACUGCUAAGUCCUAUUUGUGUAAUCUGAGUCACUGUCACUCUGUCUCUUUUGUGGUCUGCUGUGUCCAUGGGAGCACAAUUAGUAAGCAGGUUAAUCCUUUUCACAUGCAGCUGUUGCGUCUACAUAUCUAGCUAAAUAAAGCUUGUUACAAAAACAUGUA